UGGUAACGAAAAGAACUGGAAGAAAGUAUUCCACGCGCAGUGCAAAUUAGAAAGUUACUGACCAGUAAAUAGAGUGUUAUUGAAACCUUUUUAGCAUGUGUUGGUAAGCAUUUAUUUCUUAUGGUAGGCGCUGGCAGAAUCAAUCAAUAUUUUGCAUUGAUAAAAAACUUCAACAAUCACCAAGGACAACAAGCGGCACGUGACAAGUGACAAAGAUAAGGAUUUGACAGGCAGAAAUGGAAUCUUUGUUGUUGUCAGCUAGUAUUGUUGGCUGCAGUGUGUCCAUUUUAUUCUCAUUGAGUACAGUGGUGGUUCUCAGUUGUUUUAGAGUGAAAACGCGACCAUUAAAGAUCAAACAACAUUUUGCUAUUUCUAUUGUCUUAACAAACAUCGUUGUUCUUACAGGCCUUCAAGGACUUUCUAGUCAGAAUGAAUGUCGCAUUGUCACCAUACUUCUCCAUUACAUCGUGUUGGUAUGUUUUGGGUGGAUAUGUAUGGACACAUAUUAUAUUCUAUCGUGUAUACGACGUCGUUAUGUGAAACUUAGUUUUAUGAAAAUCGCGUUCAUUGUUUGGUGUUUUCCAGUCCCUUUUAUGUUGUUAGCACUCAUCCUUGGUUUAUCGCUAAAUUCAAAAUUGGGAUCCAUCGCAUAUACUUGUUGGGAGUCAGACCACAUUAUCUGGGCGUUAGUUAUACCGUCCCUCUGCAUGAUCCUGUAUUCAACAUAUAUGCUAACAGUGUCGAUUUACAUAGCAUUCAGUGAGUCAAGCCAAAUGACGAAUUCAAAAACCCCAAAUGAAGCUGUGUGGUACAGCAUUAAAACACAGGUCCUCAUGCUUGUUAUCACGACAGUUAUUUGGAUAUUUGGUGUGCAAACAUUUUGGUAUCCAAAGAUAGUGGACUAUCAAUUGAUUUUUGGAUUGGGCUCGGGAGUGCAGGGAUUAUUUUUGUUCUUUUUUUACUGCGUCUUUUGCUUAGAGUUGGAUCUUUACGUAAAUGACAACAUAACAGAAGGCUAUCCAGAGAUGGUCAAAUAUGAUGAUUUAAAAGAAGACAAGCUUGAAGAUUCUGACGUACGCAACAAAAGUUAUUCAUUCGCAUCAAAUGUCCAAGACACAACAUGCACAGUUCAACUGACUAGUGUGACUACAACAAAUUCUGAUAAUCGUUACACUGUUCAAACGGAUCCUCAACUUACAGAAGAACCAGAAAAGGAAUUAGUAAACAUGCCGUUAAGAGACCUGGUACCAAGUGAAGAAAACACUCCCGCCAAAACAACAGCUAUGAUACAUACUUUGGAAAGACAAAUCUUGGAUGUCAACGACACAAGUGAAUCUAAAGAAAAUCAUGUCAUCAUUUCCAAAGACUCAGAAGUUUUAAAAAAAGAAAUAAAAACGAAAUCUGAUGAAGAAGUUAGAAAUCAUUGUGAUCCAGCUACUAAAACCAAAGUCGCUAAUUCCAAUAAUGGCAGCUUAACAGGCAGUGAGUCUUAUGAAUUUUUCAAUAAUCCAGCUAACAGUUCGAAAGAGAGUCGAAGUGUGAGUUCGACAUCGAUGGUUAGCGUAAUGUCGGCCGUUGGAGUGUCUCGUUAUGAUGGGAGAGCAUCAAGAAGUUCCAAUUUAUCCUACGCGAGCAAUAUGGGCAUGAACGAGCUUGAGACUCUGUUUAACAAUCCAGACCUAAUGAACUAUUCUUUACCGCGCAAAAAUCGACCUCAAUCUUUAUGUAACAAAGAUUAUGAGCAGGUAACGGGAAAACGCAAGCCAACAAAAAACAAAGUUUCGAACGCAGAAAAGGACAACAAUAAGAAUAUACAGAAAAAAAAUAAAACUGAUUCAAACGAACAUAAAGAUGAAAAUAUAAACAUAAACAAAUCCGAAAUUAAUACAGAUGAAAGUAAUAAAGUUCAUACAACACGAGAUGUGAAUAAGGAUGAUCCAAAUGUGCACAAUACAAGUAACGGAGCGAUCGAAAAAAAUGAAAAGCGAAACGAACAAGAAAAAAUAAAUGCCGAAUAUGAAGACGAAAAACGUUUCAUUGAAGGCAGCAUAUUAUCUGAUAACACACCAGAAGGAGAAACAUGCAAUGGUGUUUCUAUCGAAAAAACACAUACAGAUGAAAACAAGGCUUUAUCAAAUACAAUGAAAAUAAUUGUAAAAGAAGAUGGUGAUCCUUCCUAUAAUGAUAAGAAUAGAAUAAACGGCAUAAAUGAUACAGUUAAAGACACUACGGUGGAGUUGCCACCUAAGGAUUAUCAUAUGGAGCCACAUGACAACACAAACCAUUACCAUAUGGGUUUGAUGUGACGAACAAACAUAGCGAAUAGCUGUGAGAUUAUAUUUUAGGUUUCACAAACCUAUAAAACAGAAACCUAUUACUAUGUUUGCAAUGCAUGUAAAAUUUCUCUGUAUCCCUGUGUUGGUUUUCAUUGCUUUAAAAAUUAUACUUAUAAUAAAAACUUUUUAUAAUGUUGCUUCUCUCAUAUCUUUUAUCAAAUUUAUAUCGUAAAAAUUAGUGGUUUAUUUUGUUAACGUUAUGUUAGUAACCAUAUACGAAAAUGCUUGGCUGCGCUAUGAUAUCAAUUUAGUUCUUACGCUUGUAGGUAACAUGAAAUAUCAACUUUGACUUUAUUUAGUUUAUAGAUGUUCUUUUCAAGAUAAUGUAUGCGACGGUUUAUGUGUUUAUAUUAUCUCACAUGUCGCUCAAAAACAGUUACAAUAGAAUUUCAUGUGUAUAAAAGAAUUAACUUAUAUCUUUGUAUAUAUAGUUCUUUAAUCGAUUAUUAAAUAUUACCAACUGAAA